GGGGGCAGCACUGCCCUGGAAGCCAUAGGACGCAGCGGGAGUAUAGAAGACAAAGAAGAAGGCAGGAGACAGCCCGCCUGCACGACAACACGUGGAGUCACAAAUAGACUUCAGUAAGACAAAGAAAAAGAUAAAACAACUGAGCUAAACUCACCAGCACGUUAUUAUCCAUCCCUCUGUCUGUGUAGCUGCCGGACCUCCUAUGAAUACUAUGAAGUACAUCCUGGUCACCGGUGGUGUCAUUUCGGGCAUUGGUAAGGGCAUCAUUGCCAGCAGCGUAGGGACCCUCCUCAAGUCAUGCGGCCUUCAUGUCACGGCCAUUAAAAUCGACCCGUAUAUUAACAUCGACGCUGGCACCUUUUCACCGUACGAGCACGGUGAGGUGUUCGUCCUCGAUGAUGGCGGAGAGGUGGAUCUGGAUUUGGGCAACUACGAGCGUUUCCUGGACAUCCGCCUGACGAGAGACAACAACCUGACCACUGGCAAGAUCUACCAGUCGGUCAUCAACAAGGAGAGAAGAGGAGACUACUUGGGAAAGACUGUGCAAGUGGUCCCACACAUCACAGACGCCAUCCAGGAGUGGGUAAUGAGCCAAGCCAAGAUCUCUGUCGACGAUGACGGCGUGGAGCCUCAAGUUUGUGUCAUAGAGUUGGGGGGCACGGUGGGGGACAUCGAGAGCAUGCCAUUCAUCGAGGCCUUCAGACAAUUUCAGUUCAAAGUGAAAAAGGAGAACUUCUGCAAUAUCCACGUCAGCCUUGUUCCACAGCCCAACACAACAGGAGAGCAGAAGACUAAACCGACCCAAAACAGCGUGCGGGAGCUGCGGGGUCUCGGACUCUCUCCAGAUUUGGUCAUGUGCCGCUGUACAACGCCCUUAGAAACUGCAGUAAAGGAAAAGAUCUCAAUGUUCUGUCACGUGGAGCCCACACAGGUGAUCUGUGUCCAUGAUGUGCCUUCAGUUUACAGAGUUCCUCUGCUGCUGGAGGAACAAGGCGUCGUCGGCUACUUCUGCCAGAGAUUAAACCUUGCUAUUGAGAUGAGGCCCAGGAAGAUGCUCUCCAAGUGGAAGGAGAUGGCUGACAGAUCCGACCGUCUCCUGGAGCACGUUUCCAUAGCCCUGGUGGGCAAGUACACAAAGCUGUCAGACUCCUACACCUCUGUCAUCAAGGCCCUGGAGCACUCGUCCCUCGCCAUCAGUCACAAGCUAGUGGUCAAGUACAUAGACUCGGCCGACCUGGAGCCCGGUACAUUGCAGGAUGAGCCGGUGAAAUAUCACGAAGCCUGGCAAAAACUCUGCAGCGCUGACGGCGUGUUGGUGCCAGGAGGAUUUGGGGUGAGAGGUACUGAAGGCAAGAUGCUGGCUAUAAACUGGGCAAGAAAACAGAAUAAGCCUUUCUUAGGUGUUUGUUUGGGUAUGCAGCUGGCCGUGUGCGAAUUCGCCCGCAAUGUUCUCGGCUGGGAAGACGCCAACUCAACAGAGUUCAACCCCGACUCCAAAUACCCAGUGGUGAUUGACAUGCCAGAGCACAAUCCAGGACAAAUGGGAGGUACAAUGAGACUGGGGAAGAGAAGGACCCUCAUCAAAUCCAAAACUUGUGCCCUCAGAAAACUCUAUGGCGACGUGGACUAUGUUGAUGAGAGGCACAGACACAGAUUUGAGGUCAAUCCAGAGCUCAAGCACCAUUUUGAGGAGAGAGGUCUUCAGUUCGUUGGCCAGGAUGUGGAAGGAGAGCGGAUGGAGAUCAUUGAGUUGAAAGACCAUUGUUACUUUGUGGGCGUGCAGUAUCAUCCCGAGUUCACCUCCAGGCCCAUCAAGCCUUCCCCGCCAUACUUCGGCCUCCUCCUGGCCUCCGCCGGGAAGCUUCAAAGCUACCUGGCCAAGGGAUGCCGUCUGUCUCCACGGGACACGUACAGCGACCGCAGCGGGAGCAGCUCUCCUGAGGUGGACAUCGCCGAGCUCAAGUUCCCCGCCUCCUCGUGAGCCUCAAACGCCGAACAGCAGCAGUCAGACUAACGGAUUUAACUGGUAGUCGUUUGAGCACACUGCACCUAGUCCUGGAUAGUACCACUCCCCAAUGCCUCAGCCAAACGCAGAAUUCUCACAAGAAUGAGGCAAAAAUCCAACUUUAUCUACUGUAUUAUUAUAUAUUAUGAAUGUGUUAUUGCUCAUGAUUCAUGUUUAUAAAAGACUCCUACUUUA